AUGGAACUAUCUCGUGCCGAGAGUGCGCUACGUACGCUCAAGAAUCGCCCAAACGUACCGCAAACAGCAGUCAAUACCUCAUUUGCUAUUUUAAAUCUUCUAUGUCCGUCAAAAUGUCCUUCUGAGUCACCAACAGAAGCUUCGGAUAUUGUUCCUUUAGGUGAUGAAAAAACAAGACGCGAGUUACUCGAGACUGAACUUCAGACGCUUCUUGUAUAUGGUAAAGAACGUUGGGAACCAAUUGCUGUAUUUCUUGUUGUAGUACGCGAUUUAUUACGUCGCUAUUUGAAACUUUCGGAUUUGGAUGAAAGUCUUGAGUUUAAUAUUUCGACUCCAGAUCUUCCGCUUUAUGUUUCGAGUAUUGCGCCAUUAUCAACUCCUUUCAUCACACAAACAGUAAAGCAAGUGAUUCAUCAAUAUCUGGAAUAUUAUGAACCACGAGUUCGGAUGGCAAUUGCUAAAUUACUUGGAAUAUUAGCCAAAUGGGAUCUUCAAUGGGUAACUCAAGAGUUUACACCUCAACUUGUUGAUUCUAUUGUUUCAAAUCUUAGUCGUUCACCCGAUUUUGAAGACACAGGAUUUGAAGAAUUGGAUGAUAAUAUCAGUCAAAAUGGAAUGAUAACUCCACCACAAAGUCCAGAGGGUACCCCGCGUACUCCUUCAACUCCUUAUCGGUUAGAUGAUGUAAGUGGAUGGAAAGCUCUUGAAAGUUCAUUAUGUGGUUUGAAAUAUAUAAUUCAAGGAAGUGGAAUGGAGUUUCUACAAGAAAUAAUGACAGAGGGUACACCACAUUUUCGUUAUUUGACAUCCGAGAUUUUCGAAUUUUUCUCGACCAAAAGUUGUUUUCAUAUAAAUCGACAUGUUCGAGUUGUUGGACUUGAUACAAUCACAAUUUUGUCAAAUAUUGCACCAAAAGGAUUUUUUGAAGCUCAUGUUACUGAUGUAAGUGAUACUAUAAACAAAUGUAUCAAACGUGGAUUAGAAGAUAAUUGGUGUCAAGUACGUUAUGCUGCUUCGAUCUCAGCACGUGCAUUUUUAUUAAAAUUACAAGAAGAAGGACGUACAAGAUAUUUACCAAUUUUACUACCACGUUUGUGUUUCAAUCGUUAUUAUAUUGCUGAACGUGUACAAAAGUAUUCACAAGAAUCAUGGCGAAUGAUUGUAGGAGAUCGUGGAUGUGAAUUAGUUGCAAAAUAUGCGACUGAAAUUGUUGAUUAUUAUGUUGAAAUGACAUCUCAUUGUGUUCGAGAAUCUGCAUGUCAGUGUAUUGGAGAAUUAUGUACAAAAGUUGAACCAAAUGCAAUUCGUCCACAUGUUGAAAGAUUAAUGCAAGCAUUACUUGUCUGUUUUUACGAUGUAUCAAAUUUAGUACGUGAUGCUGCAUGUCUUGCAUCUGCACAAUUGGUUCUUCGCUUUCCAAAUGAAUGUCGGCCAUUUUUGAAUGAAUUAUAUCAUUUGUGGAUUGAUCAUUUAGCGGAUAAUAUUUGGUCUGUACGUGAAGAUGCAGCAAUUGCAUUGGGUAAUGUGAUACGAGCUUAUGGUGAAGAAGCAUUGGAUCGAAUUUUGAAGAUUGUAGACGAAUACUUACCACUUGCUAAGCAACAAGCAGCUAUGACAUUACAAGAAUAUGACGAUCUCAUGCGUUCUGAAAAGAAACAUUUAAGCAAACAAGCAUUUUCGUGUUGUUCCUUAGAACCAAAAUUAUUUGAACGUCAUGAACAUCGUGAAAAAGAACCAUGGGAACAUGCGGAUGGUGCCAUCUACAUGACUGCUGUGUUACAAGAAACACUAUGGAAACAGCUUCCAUUAAUGUGUGAGGCACUGGGUAAAAAGGUUUUUAAGCGAUAUCUUGAAUUGUUCUUUGAUCCACUAGUUUUUACACUACAAGGCUCGAAUCGUCUUGCGAAGUUUGCAGCACGUGAUUGCGUUGCACAAAUCAGCAAACAGAUUGGACCAAGUAUCUUUCUUGGCCGUUUAGAUGCAAAUCCUUGUUGGAAGGAAACUCUUGGUCCGUUUGUGCCGGUGCAGUCGUAUAUGAUCAAGGAAACGUAA